AUGCUGCUGGUGCCCAUAUUUGUGUUUGUUGUUCUUGUGGUUUACAUUUUUUCUAUCAAAUCACUAAAGGUUCCAGGGGGCCGGCCCCUCCACAAGGCAUUGUCUCUGGAGGUGGUGGUGCCCCCGGCCGCUUCGCAGUCGUACAAACACCCUGAUGAGUUCCCACACCCAACCACAACCAAGCUAACCGGGCUGCCCUCCAAAGUUGAUCGGGAAAUCCAGGAAAUCAUCAGGAGGCUGGACCGGCUGGCACCAGACCGCCCUUUCAUACACUUGAAUGCCACCACCAGCGCGCAGCACAGUGUGGCCACCCUCCUCCAACCCCGAGACACAUACUGUGUUGGGGAGCGGCUCGAGAUCCACGUGGAGGCCCGGGACCACUGGGGACACCCCAAGGAGUACGGUGGCAACUUCCUGAGAGCCAGGAUCUCCACCCCGGCCCGGAAGGCGGGUGCCUCAGGAAUGGUGGAAGACUUCCACAAUGGCACCUACCUGGUCUCCUUCACGCUUUUCUGGGAGGGCCGAGUCUCCGUGUCCCUGCUGCUCGUCCACCCCAGCGAAGGGACAUCCGCGCUGUGGAGAGCCAGGAAGAGAGGCUACGACAAGGUCAUCUUCACAGGCAGUUUCCUCAAUGGAUCAUCGUACGUCAGCACAGAAUGUGGCUUCGCCCUCAAUUCAGGGGUUGAGCAGUGUCAGUACCUGGAUCGACGCGAGCAGCAGGUGUUCUACUGCGUGAAGCCACCACACGUGCCAUGUGGCGCCCUGACCCAGAUGAAGUCCAAGAACAAACCGGUGUCCUAUCUCAGUCCCCAGGAACACAGCCUCUUAGUCAGGGCCAACGUGAACGGUGCCAUUGAGAAAAGAUUUGGAGCCAUUGAAGUGUUGCAGUGUAACAACCAAACUACGGCCCCAUGGGAGAAAUGCAGGAUCGGGCAGCGCUCUCCGUUCCCCAGUGGAUUCACCAGGCAAGAUACAUGGAUUCCGGUUUCCUGCCUCGUGUCACAGUUCCGGACCCUGGACCAAAUCAACUCCUGUUUGACAGGGAAACUCAUCUACCUCCUCGGAGACUCCACAAUCCGCCAGUGGAUGGAAUACUUGGGGAAACACGUUCCCACACUGACACCUUUGAGUCUCCACGAGUUUGGAAAGCUCCAGCCUCUUUAUGCCCUGGACUUGGGAAGAAAGAUCCAAGUUCAUUGGCAAAGACACAGCUACCCCUUGAUCGGAUCAGCUAUCUAUUCGGUCAAAGUCAACGCAUAUCUGGACCAGGUCAUCGAUGGGAUAGCAGGAGAGGCAAACACAGCAGUCGUCUUCACCUUGGGCCAGCACUUCCGACCCUUCCCCAUUGAUAUCUUCAUCCGCAGGGCCAUCAAUGUCCGUGAAGCCAUCCAGCGCCUGCUCCUCAGGAGCCCGGACACCAAAGUCAUCCUUAAGACCAAAAACACCAGGGAGAUGUUGGCAGAGCCGGAGAGCUUUGGUGACUUUCAUGGCUACAUGCAAUACCUUGCCAUGAUGGAUGUUUUUCAGGAUGUCCCUGUGGGGGUCAUCGAUGCCUGGGACAUGACUAUGGCAUUUGGCACGAACAAUGUUCACCCUCCCGAACACGUGGUUGGGAACCAGAUUAAUAUGUUCCUAAACUAUAUUUGUUAA